ACAAUUCUCCACUUUUUUUUCUCUCUUCAAAAAAAUUUCAAUUAAAUCUCUCGCCCUCCAGAAAUGAACAAGUUUUUAGUUUUUCUGGGUUUGAUGUUUUUAGUUAUAAGUCCGAUUCUUGUUUCUGCCGACGAUGAUUGCAGCGAUUCUAAUUUGGAUGAUCGGAAUAAGACGGAAGCGUUGAAAUUUAAGUUGGUUGCGGUGGGGUCCAUUCUCGUGGCCGGAGCUUUGGGCGUUUCUUUGCCGUUCAUCGGAAAAGUGGUCCCGGCGUUACGGCCGGAGAGCAAUUUGUUCUUUUUUAUCAAGGCGUUUGCGGCCGGCGUGAUUUUGUCCACCGCUUUUAUCCAUGUUUUGCCGGACGCUUUCGAGUCGCUUACCAGCCCCUGCCUGCCGGAGAAGCCGUGGGGGAGUUUUCCGUUCGCCGGCCUGGUGGCGAUGCUCGCCGCCAUCGGAACCAUGAUGGUGGACUUGGUGGCGACGAGUUGUUACCGGAAAGCCCACUCCGAUCACAAGCCCAAACCCAUUGACGACGACGAGAAGUUGGCCGAGCAUCAUGGCCACGUCCAUGUUCAUACGCAUGCCACUCACGGCCAUGCUCACGGCGCCGUGCCGUCUCCGGUUGUGGUUUCCGGCGAGCCCGAUUUAACUCGGCGGCGCGUUAUCUCACAGGUUCUGGAAUUGGGGAUUGUGGUUCAUUCCGUAAUUAUUGGGGUUUCUUUGGGGGCAUCUGUGUCUCCCAGUACAAUUAAACCUCUUGUUGUGGCGUUGACUUUUCACCAGUUUUUUGAAGGCAUGGGACUCGGAGGCUGCAUUGCCGAGGCUCGAUUUGAAGCUCGAGCAACAACUUUAAUGGCGAUAUUCUUCUCCCUCACAACUCCGAUUGGGAUCGCGAUUGGGUUCGGGAUCUCAAAUAUGUACAAUGAGAACAGUCCCAGAGCCCUAAUUGUGGAGGGCAUUUUCAAUUCUGCAUCUGCGGGUAUACUAAUAUAUAUGGCUCUGGUAGACCUAAUCGCUGCAGAUUUCAUGAGUGCAAGAAUGCAACGCAGUUCCCAGUUGCAGAUCGGAGCUAACAUUUCACUUUUAUUGGGUGCGGGGUUGAUGUCGCUCUUGGCAAUUUGGGCAUAGUUAUUAUAGCUACACAAAAGUAGGAUUUUUUUUUAAUGUGUCUUUUGAGGCUCGAGAAAUCAAUAUAAUUGCUACUUUAGUUAGUGGCCAUGUAUUUUCUUUAAUUUUGGAGAGGUAUAUUGUUCUAAUGUUUUCUUUCAACUGCACUUUUAAGUGCAGUAAAUACUAGUAUUGGUUGUAAUAGCUUACCCCAAGGGCAUCAAUGGAAAGUGCAUAUUAAAUCAA